AUGAGACCAACACCAAAAGCUACCGAGAUUUUUCCUGGGUUAAAUGAUAUAACUGAUGCGUUUGAAGCUUUACCAACCGAUGUUAUCAGAUACUUCACAUUAUUGAAAGAGAUUGAUGCUAAAUGUGUUAAUGUCAUACCUGUGCUAAAUCAUGAAAUCAAAAAAUUCAUCGAAAUGAAAAACAUCCCUGAGCAUAAAGAGGCUAGAACAAGAAAAAUUCACCAGAUUUGUGGUUUAAUAAGAGAUGUACUACCUUGCUUGGAGGAGAAAAUGCAUGUUGCUACAAUUGCUGCUGAUAAAACUGUUACAUAUAUUGAUAGAAUUAAUGAUGAUUUUGAUUUGAUCUUCAGAAAUGAAGUUCCAGAACAUAUCAAAUUUGGAUCCGUUAAUCAUCCAGCAAUUAUAAAUGAAUCCAAAUUACCAGAUAACAAAUCCGCUCAAUCCCAAAGAAGUGAAAGCAGAAGAGAAGCCCUUGCAGCCAAGAAAGCUGCUAAUGACACUGAUAAUGAUGAUAGUUCAACAAACUCAAGAGCCAAAUCGAGAAGAGAAAAAGAAGCAACACCUGUGGCAACCACUACAUCCACUACCGCUACAAAGAAGCGUAAGACCACAAGUACUACUGCCAAUACAGGAAACUCAGCAAAUAUCAGCACUACUUCAAAUACUGCCAUCAAUACCACUGGUUCCAAAAAUGAUGAGGUUCCAUCAAGACCAUCCACACCAUCCACAAAUAAGAGACAUGAACCACUGUAUUGUUAUUGUAAUCAAGUUUCAUAUGGUGAAAUGGUUGGGUGUGACGGUGAUGAUUGUAAAAGAGAGUGGUUUCACUUACCAUGUACUGGAUUGGCCACUUUACCAAAAGGGAAAUGGUAUUGUGAUGAUUGCAGUGCCAAACUGAAAAGGGCUAAAAAGAUUUGA